AUGGGAGACAAAAAGCUGGUCGAAGAUAUUGGCACGGCCCGGUUGUUGUGUACAACCUGGUCAACGAUGGCCGAAGCCUUCAAGUCCACGGGCGUGCACUUUGCCACGGGCUUCUUGGAUGCCGAUUCCGGUAACGCAUGCACGAAAAAUGCCCCUCUCCGGGCUCCAGAACAGGGCAGCCCGAGCUUUACGCACUGA